AGCGGUGUGGGAGCCCAGCCCCGGAGGGUGCAGACCCUGGGCCCACUCCAUGCUGUGCUGACAGAUCUCAACACCCAGGCUCAGUACUCGAAUCAGCGAGCAGGGCUUUCUGGCAUCUCCCCCAUCCUCACCCUCAUCGUGGGGGUGCUCUGUGGGGUUCCCACCCUGCUGUCCCCAGCAGCGCGUCCCGGGAGCGUUGCGCCCCCGUGGCCUCACGCCCUGACUGUGUCCUUGUCCCUGCAGGUGCACCCGGCCCCCGUGACCCACAGCAAGGUGGAUCUGCCUCGCGUGCCCAGGGGAGGACGAUGUCGGCUUGUCUGUAGAGAUGGUCUGCCGUUCCGCCCGGCGGAAGCUGAGCGAAUGAGACUAUGGGCUGUGCCUCCGCCAAGCAUGUCGCCACUGUUCAGAACGAAGAGGAGGCCCAGAAGGGGAAGAGCUUCCAGAAUGGAGAUGUAUUUGGUGAUGAGUACAGAGUCAAGCCGGUGGAGGAGGUCAGGUACGUGAAGCCUGGGGCCGAGGACGAGCAGAAGAUCAUGGCCAGGAACCAGGAGAACCUGGAGAAAAGUGCGAGCUCCAGUGCAAGACUCAAGACGAGUAAAGAGGUCCCAGGCUUAGUCCACCAACCCCGAGCGAACAUGCACAUCUCUGAGAGCCAACAGGAAUUCUUCAGGAUGCUGGAUGAAAAAAUCGAGAAGGGUCGCGACUACUGUUCGGAAGAGGAGGACGUCUCAUAGCGCUGGUGCUGCCCGGCCCAGCAGCGACUGCUGUGUACAUAGGUCCCACCCCAGUGCCAUCCGAGCAGAUGGCAGUCCUCUGGCCAGCGGCAGUCCAGCGAGACAGGCCCGCUCCAUGUCGUCUGCCCCGUCUGGUCACCGUGUCUCCGCUCUACACUGAGAACCAAACUGUUAGCUGAGUGUCCUCAUAGCUGAUUGUCCCAGCUCGUCGCAUCCCUCCGCUUCCCACGCACAGGCUGGCUCCAGGACGGCCCGUUUGCUGUCGGAGGAGGGCUCGGUGCACUCCCAGCUCACCUCUGCUGCUCGCUCGCUCGCUCUCCUGGCCCGUGUGCACGGGCGGCUGGAGCCUGCUCUCCCAGGUGGUGUUGCUCUUCAGCAGAGCGUGGCCGCUGUGGCAAGCCUGGAGUUCCUGCCGGUAGAGGUGGCACCUUCUCCAGGCGCUCCUGGAGGGCCUG